UUCAGAAAUGUAGUACAUUCCGAAAACCAGAUUCCCCGUAAAAUAAUAUUUAAAAUUGAUAGGCUUUGCCCGGCGAUUAGAUGGGAAAGUCGCUGGAUGUCGUGGUCUUUGGGUCGGCGAAUGUCGAGUACAUAACAUAUGUCGCGGAGCUGCCCAAACCCGGAGAACUGGUCGCCGGAACGCACAUGGAGACCUGUUUCGGUGGCAAGGGGGCCAAUCAGUGUGUGGCAGCUGCCAAACUGGGGGCCUCCACCGCCCUGGUGGCCAAACUGGGCAAGGACGAGUCCGGCAAUGGUUACAUGAAUCACCUGAGGAACCAGGAGGUGGACGUGAAGCACGUCGAGCAGGUGAAGGACAACCCCACGGGCAUGAGCGAAAUCGCGGUGUCCGACGAGGGGGAGCAGUACAAGAUCAACGUGGCCGGGGCCAAUGCCUUCCUCACGGCCAAGGAUGUCACCCGCGCCAAGAAGUCCUUCCAGGCGGCCAAGGUGCUCCUCUGCCAACUGGAGGCGGACAUGAAUGCCACCAUGUGCGCGAUGCGUCAGUUCAAGGGCGUCUCCAUACUGCAAAUGUCGCCCCUGCGAAAGGACAUUCCCGCCGCCAUGAUCAGUUUGCCCAGCAUCUUGGUGGUGAACCAGGAGGCAGCAGCUCACCUGACCGAAAUGGAGGAGGUGCAAACCCUCGAGCAGGCCCGCCAAGCAGCUGGGAUUCUCAUCGAGAAGGGGGCCAAGAGCGUGAUCAUCACCAUGGGCGACCAGGGAGCGGUCUACAUGUCCAAGAGGAACGCCGAUAUGUGCACUCAUGUGCCGGCCUCCGAUGUUCCCCACUUGGCCGAUUCCUCGGGGGCGGGUGAUGCCUUUCUGGGCAGCUUGGCCUAUCAUGUGGCCCGGUUCCCUAAGCUGACCCCAGAGCAUCACAUCAGUGCGGCCAACUCCUGUGCCGCCUAUUCCCUGGGUCGCCGCGGCACACAGCCCAGUUUUCCGGGCAAGGAAGGGGCCAAGAAUGAUCUAUGCUUUUCAACGCCCACUUUUAAUGUCAUACCACCUCCGAGUGCGGAAACCGAGAACGAGCCUGAGGAAGGAGCAACCGCAGCUCCACCAGUUGUGGAACCCGUACCUGCACCUUCACCCGAAGAACCUCCCGCCGAAGAAGCAGUUGUUGAAGAAGAGCCACCACCGCCACCACCACCUCCUCCAGCAGAGGAACCUGUUGCUGAAGAGCCACCUCCACCACCGCCUCCACCUAAACCAGAGGACGCUCCCAAACCCGUGGAGACUUCUGACGAGCCACCUGAACCCACAGAGAAACGAUACACAAACGUGAGGGAUGCCGAUGAAAUUGAGAAGGUGGAGAAAAGAAAUACAGAGGCUCCUGCGAAUAAAACUUGAAAAUCUAGAUUGUUAGCUGUGCAAAUUAGCUGUGAUCCCAUUAAAAGCAAAAUUUACUUGUUAAGUAAUUAUCAAUUUUAAGCAACAUUUAUAAAUAAAAACAUUCUAAUCAA